ACACGAAAUCACUUUCUUCGACUUGUAAAUUGCAAUGUCAAUACAAAAUUUACUCUUUCUGGUAAGAUGUGGCAAACGGAGUUAUUUACAAUCGUAAUGAUUCUACUAUACACAGAGAGAAAAAUGUUUUAGUGAAAACGGUUCGGCAAUAUUAAGCUGUAGCUAAAUCAUGGAAUUUUUAUUGUUACUUACUGGCUGUGUAAUUUUUCCAACACUUCACUGUGCAUCUGUCUAUGGGAUGUCAAAAUUACUUCCUGGAAAAUCAAAAGGUGCUCAUUAUGCCAUUGGCACCAGGUUAGUUUCCUUGCUUCAAGCUGUUUGUGCAUCUAGUGUUGGCUUAUCGGUUGUUCUUUCUUGUAAAGAUAUCAUGAAAGAGAGAUUCAUACGUGUUGAUUAUUAUGCUUGGUUUGGUUUUCCUUAUUUUUACUACGACAUUGGUGCAAUGUUUCUGGUUCAUUAUCAUGAUUGUCCAAAACAGAGCCUUCGUUCAAUUGUAGAGACGUUCAUUACAAAGAAAUGGUUGGUCGUUUUUCAUCAUCUAUUUUUACCAGUCAUUGGAUUUCCCAUAGUAGUGUUUUACAGGAGAGGCGUUGGUGAUUUCUUCGUUGGAUGUAUUUACAUUGCUGAAAUAAGCACACCAUUCCUUUCUCUUCAUUAUAUUUUUAAAAAGCUUGAUAUGGACAACAAUAUUAUUUUUAAACUGAACGGUUUCUGUUUGGCAAUUUCAUUUCUCAUCGGUCGGAUUCUUGUGUUUCCAUUCAUGUACUACAAGUAUGGCCAGUAUGUGGGUAUAAAAAUUUGGCAAGUUCCCUUUAAAAUUCCUUUACUUUGUAAUGUGAGUUGUCUUGGAUUGAUGACGCUGCAGCUUAUUUGGUUUACGAUGAUAGUCAGCCGAGCUUUUAUAAUUUUAAAACAACAUAUUCUGGUCGUUUUUACGAAGCGCAAGGUAUAACCUCAGAUUAUACGAGCAAGCAUAACUUCGUUAAAACAUCUUUAACAGUUUUAUACAAAAGAACGGUAGCUUUCAUUUUGUGCUGUUUAAUUUGUAAUUUCGUUCUAGCACAAAAUUCAUAUUUCAAAUAAACGAUUUUUUUAAAAGCAAAAA